UUGGAUUGGUUGAAAGUUUCGCCGUCCCUCCUCCGAACGGUGUUAAACUUCCUCCGGACGUCACCCGCUCUCGGCCGUCAUCGCUGGACCCUCGUUGUGUCAUCAGUACGUUUAACCAGAACGGGAUCGGAGAACUUGAGAAAUCGAAUCCAGCAGUCACAAUGGCAGACGACGGCAAGACUAAUGACGCUGUAGCUGCAGCCGAAGACCAGCAAAAUGGAAACCAGCAGAAUGUUGUUUCUCGGGUGAUCGGUUUGCCACUGGUGAGCUCAGCUUGUGAGGCCGUUUCCAGCGCCUACUGCAGCACCAAAGACAGCGUGCCCUUGCUCAAGGGAGUGAUGGAUGCCGCGGAGAGUGGCGUACGCACCUUGGGAGCAGCUGCCGCCACGGGGUCCAAGCCACUUUUGGACAUAAUUGAGCCCCAACUUUCAACAGUCAAUACAUAUGCCAUGAGAGGACUGGACAAGAUGGAGGAGUCUUUGCCAAUUCUUCAGAAGCCAGCAGAUAAGGUGGUGUCGGACACAGUGGGCAUGGUGUACCAGUCGGUGGCCGGGGCCAAGGACGUUGUGAUGGGGGCUGUUAUGGGAGGAGUGGAGUUGACACGCUCAGCGGUCAGUGGAGGCAUCAACACUGUGAUGGGCACCAGCGUGGGCCAGAUGGUCAGCAGUGGGAUGGGCACUGCACUGAGCCGAUCGGAGGACUGGGUAGAACAAAACCUGCCAAUAACGGAGAAAGAACUUGCUGCUUUGGCUGAACCCCCCUCAGGUGAGGUGAUGACAUCAUCCAGUAAACCCAGCUACUUCGUCCGCCUGGGGAAACUCUCCACCAAAGUGCGGGAGCGAGCCCUGGAGCUGUCUCUGGUCCGUGCCCGAAACGCUAGAGAAGCCACCCACGCGGCCGUGACCCAGAUCGCCUCCACUCUGGACCUGCUGGAGAACACUCGCACAGCCACCGGUCAGGUCGGGGGCGCUACUGAGCAGCUACAGCAGCGUUUGAUGGUGUGGAGGCAGGCGCAGAGCGGAACCGAACUGACUGAGCCCAAAACUGAGGAGGGGAAAGGAGAGAAUGAGCCGCUUGAAUCUGGGGUCCUGUCCAUGGUUCAUGGUCUCACCGCCCAGCUGCGGACUGCUUGCUCCAACGUGGUGUCGAGUGCUCAGGGCCUGCCGGGUGCAGUCCAGGAUCAGCUGUCGAGUGCAAGACGAUCAGCCGAAGAACUCCAGUCGUCUCUGAGUAACAGCGGCAGCCUCACACCGGUCUUACUGGAGCGGAGCCGCCACCACUUGACCCAGGUACAACAGUCUCUGGAUGGGGUCAUGGAGUACUUGUUAAACAACACCCCUCUUAAUUGGAUGGUGGGGCCAUUUGCACCUCAGCUGGUUGAAAAGGCAGCGUCAGAGCCAGAAGAACUGACAAACAAAAGCUGAAGACUGUGCGAAUAAAAUGUUUUGCUUUGAACUACAAAUGAGCUUGUUAAAUUCCACAUAUCUGCUCACUUUAAUUAAAGCACUAUUGAAAUAUAAUGGUUAAAGAAAAUGAUGAAUUCAUUGAAUGUCUGUUUAUUACUUUCUAUUUGUAAUUUAGGGGAAAUUGUAUUUUUGAUGCCUCUUUAAUGUAGAAUUUUCAGAACAUCUGUUAAUUAGGAGGUGUAUUAUAAAAGACACAAUAAUUGACAAUACUUGUUUUUAUUCUCAAUGCACUGUUACAAGUGGAAGAGUCUUGUGAAAGGCCAGGGAAGAGUGGACAGACCAUUUGGAUGUUGGAGAUGGAGACACCAGGUGAAAGAAGAACAACCAUUGAGGUUCAUGGUUGUGGGACACGAAGGGGCUUCAGUAGAGAGGGUGAUCAAACAAUGCAUUUUUUUUAGCUCUUUUUAUGUAAACAAGAAAAAAAGUAUCUCUAGCUUUAGUUUGCAGUCAGUGUCCAGGGGUCGGGUCACUAAUGUCCAGCUUGAAUGCAGUGGUGAAUGACCCUCAGUCAGGUGUCUGCAC